GCCGCGCAGCCUGCAAGGCUGUGAUUGGUCUGCUGGUCUGGUUACUACUUCCUGUCUGGAGUAUCACAUUUCCUGUUUUCAUACCGCCAUUUUUAAAAGCCAGAAGGCAAGGACGAUUUUCCAUUUCCGACAUCAAGAUGAAUCGACAGCAAGAGCUCUUGAGCGAGGCAGUGCGUCAAUACGAGCACUUGUACAACCCAUCGCUGGAUGGCUACAAAGACACACAGAUGUGCUCGAAUUCGUGGGAUGAGAUAGCAUCCAACAUGGGCAUGCCGGUCGGAGUGUGUGUCAACAAGUGGAAAAGCAUACGGGACAAAUAUGUCCGAGAGAAGAAGGCGAUGCAAAGCAGAAGUGGCGAUGCUGGGGGAAAGGGGGUUUCUCCCUGGUUUAUAUCGCUGUCGUGGUUGGGGGUGCACAUAAAACACCGGGCGACCUGCUCAAACUACGACAAGCCCUCAACUGCCAGCAAUGCGUCAUCGCCAUCCACCUCGUCACCUGCAAACUUCCAGCCAUCCAUCUCAUCACAGGCAGCCUCCCUCCAGCCAUCCAUCUCAUCACAGGCAACCUCCCUCCAGCCAUCCAUCUCAUCACAGGCAGCCUCCCUCCAGCCAUCCAUCUCAUCACAGGCAGCCUCCCUCCAGCCAUCCAUCUCAUCACAGGCAGCCUCCCUCCAGCCAUCCAUCUCAUCACAGGCAGCCUCCCUCCAGCCAUCCAUCUCAUCACAGGCAGCCUCCCUCCAGCCAUCCAUCUCAUCACAGGCAGCCUCCCUCCAGCCAUCCAUCUCAUCACAGGCAGCCUCCCUCCACCCAUCCACCUCGUCCUCAUCGGAAGCCUCCCUUGAGCCAUCCUCGCCAGAGGCCUUCUUUGAGGCAACAGCUCUUCCCCGGCCCAAUUUGCCAGCAUUCAGCCCAUCCACCCCUUCAGCCUCCAUGAUGUCACCAUCUCCUCCUUCCCACACAGGAAGGAAGAGGAAAAGAAGGGGGCAGCUGGAUGACUUCAUGAGUGAAAGGGUGGCAGAUUUGGAGGAGCGGAGGCAGACUGUGCUGUCACUUGAGAGCAUGGUUGCCCCUGAUGAGUAUGCAAGAUUUGGCCAGGUUGUGGGGGACCUGGCGAGGACUGCAUUACAGGAGAGUAGGCACCCUUUAAUGAUGAGGAUUUUGCAAUGUUUGAUUUCGGCACAGGGCGUUGAAAACUUAAGAGAAUGCCCCUAAGCACUAUGUAAAUAUUUUUUUUAUUCAUAAUUGGUUUGUGUUUUGUUCUGCACUCUUUUUUUGUUCUCUUCUAUUGUUUGGAUUUUGCAUGUCUAUUUUAUUAUUUAUAGUUAUUGUGAAUUUUGUACAGCACUGUUCUUAUACUUUUGUUCUCUUGUUUGGAUUUUGCUCAUUGUAUUUUUAUUAUUCAUAAUUUGUACUAACUGUUCUUCUUCGUCUCACACCCACAGCAGCUCUAAAGCCGUUAUACAUUCUUUGCCUUUGCCGUACCUUGUUUGUAUGGAAAGCAAAGACAUGUUACAGCAAACAGCCUUUUGAAAGAGGAUUUAUUAACACUUCUAGGUAAGGUCAUCUGGGGGCGAAGUGUGCCACGUGACAGUCUUUGACUCUAAUGGCAGGAGACGUGGUUCAGUUUUAACAAUAUAUAUUUUAUUUAAUUAAUCCAAUGGAAUAAGCACACAAUAAACUAUUAAAGCGGA